AAAGGGGGAACUGAGAGUCCGGCCGGUUUUCAUGAAUCACAAAACAAACCCUACGCCUAGUCGAUGAAAUUAGGGAUCAGUCCUCGUUAGCUUCUUCUGUAACCAAAUUUUUGCCUGUUAGUGAGAAAAUGGCCAUGAAGCUUUUUCUUAUUCAAAAACGUUUUCUAGCGACGCCAUCUGCUAGUAGCUCACUAUCCUCGUCGUCGUCGUCUUCAUUUACGGUGGAUUUUCUCGUCAACUCAUGUGGGCUUCCUUUAAAAUCUGCGCUUUUAGCUUCCCGGAAGCUGAAGCUGGACAAAAAAAAUCUUCGAAAUCCUCCCUUUGUGCUACAAUUCUUGAAAUCUCACAACUUCGACGAAACCCACAUCUCCAAAUUGAUCGAGAAGCGGCCUGAAGUCCUCCAGUCCAGAGUAGAAGGCAAUCUCGCUCCCAGAUUCGAGUUUCUGAUCGCAAAUGGCUUCGUGGGUAAGCUCCUGCACGACCUUAUCAUACACCAUACUGAGAUACUUACAAGUGCCUUAGAUUCUCGUAUCAAACCAGCUUUUUACCUUUUGAAGUCUUUUCUAUACUGCAAUGAGAAUAUUGUUGCGGCUCUUAAGCGAUCUUCCAGGUUGUUGACGGCUGAUUUGAAUGUCAAUGCGAAACCAAACAUUGAUUUUUUGAGAAAAGAGGGAGUUCCUGUUAACAUGGUAGCAAAAUUGAUUAUCUUAAAUCCAGGAACUAUACUGAGUAAGCGUGGAAGGAUGGUUUAUGCGAUGAAUGCUAUUAAGAAUUUGGGUCUGGAGCCAGAUAAGACGAUGUUUGUACGUGCUCUUAGCGUGAGGUUACAAAUGACUGAAUCGACAUGGAAUAAGAAAAUUGAGGUGAUGAAGAGUUUGCGGUGGAGUGAAGAGGAGAUUCUGAGGGCUUUUAAGAGGUACCCACAAAUAUUAGCAUUCUCGGAGGAGAAAAUCAGGAGUGCAAUAGAUUUCUAUAUCAAUACUAUGGAGUUGGAAAGACAAAUUAUAAUUGCUAAUCCUAAUUUUAUUGGCUUCUCAAUUGAUAAAAGGAUUCGCCCAAGGUAUAAUGUUAUAAAUGUCUUAGAGUCGAAGGAACUGAUUAAAGGAGACAUGAAAAUUUCGACUCUGCUAGUUACGAGUGAGAAGAAAUUCUUUAUAAAUUAUGUCAGCAGGUUUGCGGAUGAAGUCCCUGGUCUAUUAGAGCUGUACAAGGGUACAGCCAUGAGAACAGAGAAAGACGCUUGAUGGCUAAGUUAGUUUGUGUUAUACAAAGUAUAACACAUGGUUGUAAACUGCUUCCCUUCUUCUGAAUUAGACCUAGUCUGUACCUGUCAUUUUAUAUCGUUCAAUUAAUUCUUCGAAUACUGAGUUCAAUAUCCUUUCAUUUUUCAUUUUAGUUUCAUAUCACGGCA